AUAUCAAUGAAUACAGAUUCAUCAUCUGUGAAUAGACACUGUUCGAAUGAUGUAUUAACACAAGCAUUGGGUACGAAAGAGCACAAUGGUCGUGUGCGUGGGGUUGGUGGAUACGUUACUCCAACAACGUACUUUCAUUCAGUUAAGAAAACAUCAAAAGAUGAGGCGAACAUUCUAGUUGAGAAUGAAGAGCUCCGUAGGCGAGUUAGUGAAUUAGAGGCACAAAUUCGCUCAAACUUAUCUACACUGUUGUCUGCACACGGGAGUUGUUCAAGGCCAAUAGUGUUAGAGGGGAUUGAAGAGAAGGGUAAGAGAAUAGAAGUGGAAUCGUUGGACAAACCAAAACAUAAGGAAAAGAAAGGGAAGGAGGUGAUGAAGAUGAAUGAACCAGAGUUGGACGUCUUGAAGGAGAGGGACUUAAUAAAAAUGCCUACAGAAGUUGUAUGUGAAUCGACAUCAACUUUUCCAUUAGCGUUGAAGUCGAUUCUCAGAUAUGCUGAGAAGGUAAUGGAGAAAGAUUCCAGCAUCACUUUUUCACUACCUGCUGACCUUUUUGGCCUUAGUCGAAAGACUUCUGUGCUUCGAGAGGAUAUCGUUGAUCUUUGUAACAUGAACGAAGUGAAAACAUUUACAUUGGUGGCCUAUAUGAUGUAA